AUGAUGCAAGCCUGUUUGCUCCAAACUGAGACCACAUCCUUCCUGCUGGGUUGUGACUGCUAUAAAUUCGUCUAGUUUCUUCUCCGGCUGUUCCCGAGGCUGACGUCUGGGGGCACCUUUCUUCCAUGGCUCAGGACACACACCUGGGUUGAGCCAAUAGGAAAACUUUCUGGUAAGAUUUGACUCACUUUUAAAAGCUAAAGAUGGCAACUUGUUAGAAUCCAGUGAUAUUUUUUCCUUUCAAUUUUCUGGGUUUUUGAUACUUUAAUUCUCUCUGAGGGUAAAUUUCUGAAAAGACUUAACCAUAUGCUGUUUGCACCACCUAACUUCCAAGUGUGGAUUUAUGCCCAAGGACUCUGACCGGGUGUGCAGAUGAGAAUGGUAAGUGUCCGCUGCAAGCUGGCUCGUUACCUGGAGGACCUGGAAGACAUAGACUUUAAGAAAUUCAAGAUGCAUUUAGAAGACUAUCCCAGUCAGAAGGGCUGCACCUCAAUUCCUCGGGGUCAGACAGAAAAAGCAGAUCACGUGGAUCUAGCUACCCUGAUGAUUGAUUUCAACGGGGAAGAGAAGGCAUGGGCCAUGGCCAAGUGGAUUUUUGCUGCAAUCAACAGGAGAGACCUUUAUGAGAAAGCUAAGAGGGAAGAGCCAGAAUGGGAGAAUGCAAAUGUUUCUGUGCUAAGUCAGGAGGAAAGCCUUGAAGAAGAAUGGAUGGGUUUACUGGGAUACCUUUCCAGAAUCUCUAUUUGUAGAAAAAAAAAAGAUUACUGUAAGAAGUACAGAAAAUACGUGAGAAGCAAAUUCCAGUGUAUUGAAGACAGGAAUGCCCGUCUGGGUGAGAGCGUGAACCUCAACAAACGCUUCACCAGGCUGCGUCUCAUCAAGGAACACAGGAGCCAACAGGAGAGGGAGCAUGAGCUCCUGGCCAUUGGUAGGACCUGGGCCAAGAUACAGGAUAGCCCUGUGAGUUCUGUGAACUUGGAAUUGCUGUUUGAUCCUGAGGACCAGCACUCUGAGCCUGUGCACACAGUGGUAUUCCAGGGAGCAGCGGGCAUUGGGAAAACAAUACUGGCCAGGAAGAUCAUGUUGGACUGGGCAUCAGAGAAACUUUACCAGGAUAGAUUUGACUAUUUGUUUUACAUUCACUGCCGGGAGGUGAGCCUUGGGACGCAGAGGAGUCUGGGGGACCUGAUCGCCAGCUGCUGCCCUGGCCCAAACCCACCCAUAGGCAAGAUUGUAAGCAAGCCUUCCAGGAUCCUCUUCCUCAUGGAUGGCUUUGAUGAGCUGCAAGGUGCCUUUGAUGAGCACACAGAAGCACUCUGCACAAACUGGCGGAAGGUGGAGCGGGGAGACAUUCUCCUGAGCAGCCUCAUCAGAAAAAGACUGCUUCCUGAGGCCUCCCUCCUCAUCACCACAAGACCCGUGGCCCUGGAGAAACUUAAGCACUUGCUGGGCCAGGCUCGUCAUGUGGAGAUCCUGGGUUUCUCAGAGGCCAAGAGGAAGGAAUAUUUCUUAAAGUAUUUCUCAGAUGAGCAGCAAGCAAGGGAAGCCUUCAGGCUGAUUCAGGAGAAUGAGAUCCUCUUCACCAUGUGCUUUAUUCCUCUGGUCUGCUGGAUUGUGUGCACUGGGCUGAAACAGCAGAUGGAUAGUGGCAAGAGUCUUGCUCGGACAUCCAAGACCACCACUGCAGUGUAUAUCUUCUUCCUCUCCAGUUUGUUGCAAUCUCAGGGAGGGAGCCAGGAGAACCACAACUCUGCUACCCUCUGGGGCCUCUGCUCACUGGCUGCAGAUGGAAUCUGGAACCAGAAAAUCCUAUUUGAGGAGUGCGAUCUCAGAAAUCAUGGCCUGCAGAAGGCAGAUGUGUCUGCUUUCUUGAGGAUGAACCUGUUCCAAAAGGAAGUGGACUGCGAGAAAUUCUACAGCUUCAUCCACAUGACUUUCCAGGAGUUCUUUGCUGCCAUGUACUACCUGCUGGAAGAAGAUAAUCAUGGGGAGAUGAGGAACACACCUCAGGCUUGUUCAAAGCUUCCCAACCGAGAUGUGAAGGUCCUUCUCGAAAACUACGGCAAAUUCGAAAAGGGAUAUCUGAUUUUUGUUGUCCGUUUCCUCUUUGGCCUUAUAAACCAGGAGAGAACCUCCUACUUAGAGAAAAAACUGAGUUGUAAGAUCUCUCAGAAAAUCAGGCUGGAGCUGCUGAAAUGGAUUGAAGCAAAAGCCAAGGCCAAGACACUACAGAUUGAGCCCAGCCAGCUGGAAUUGUUCUAUUGUUUGUAUGAGAUGCAGGAGGAGGACUUUGUGCAAAGGGCCAUGAGCCAUUUCCCCAAAAUUGAGAUCAAGCUGUCCACCAGAAUGGACCAUGUGGUUUCUUCUUUUUGUAUUGAGAACUGUCGCCAUGUGGAAUCCCUUUCCUUGAGGUUGCUCCAUAACUCACCCAAGGAGGAGGAAGAAGAGGAGGAAGUUAGACACUCUCAUAUGGACCGUUCUGUUCUCUCUGAUUUUGAGGUGGCAUAUUCUCAGGGAUUGGUGAACUAUCUGACCUCCAGCAUUUGCAGGGGCAUCUUCUCAGUCCUGAGCAAUAACUGGAAUCUCACUGAAUUGAACCUCAGUGGCAAUACCCUGGGAGACCCAGGCAUGAACGUGUUAUGUGAAACACUCCAACAACCUGGCUGUAACAUUCGUAGAUUGUGGUUGGGACAGUGCUGCCUUUCCCAUCAGUGCUGCUUCAACAUCUCCUCAGUCUUGAGCAACAACCAGAAGCUGGUGGAAUUGGACCUGAGCCACAAUGCCCUGGGAGACUUCGGGAUCAGACUUCUGUGUGUGGGACUGAGGCAUCUAUUCUGCAAUCUGAAGAAGCUCUGGUUGGUGAAUUCUGGCCUCACAUCAGGUUGUUGUCCAGCUCUAUCCUCAGUCCUCAGUACAAAUCAGAAUCUCACCCACCUUUACCUCCAGGGCAAUGCUCUUGGAGACAUGGGGGUCAAGCUACUCUGUGAGGGGCUCUUGCACCACAACUGCAAGCUUCAGGUGUUGGAGUUAGACAACUGCAGCCUCACAUCACAUUGCUGCUGGGAUCUUUCCACACUUCUAACUUCUAACCAGAGCCUGCGAAAGCUAAGCCUAGGCAACAACGACUUGGGUGAUCUGGGGGUCAUGCUUCUCUGUGAAGUGCUCAAACAGCAGGGCUGCCUCCUGAAAAGCCUGAGGUUGUGUGAAAUGUAUUUCAACUAUGAUACAAAACGUGCCCUAGAAACACUUCAAGAAGAAAAGCCUGAAUUAACCAUUGUCUUUGAGCCUUCUCGGUAGUGGUGGAAGCAUUCUUGCCAUUCAGGUGUGGACAAGUGUUAGUGAGCAUUCCUCCUUCAGCAUUAAGAUCACCUCUCUGCAAUUCUUCUGGUCCAGUGAGGAAGAGUGAAAACUUGCUGAUGGUCCUUCUGCCUGGUGAAUGUGAGAAUCUCCUUUACCCCUAGGUUGAAGACACAGUGCAGUAAAAUCAUCAAAUGAUACAGUUCUUACCGCAGUGGCUCAGUCAGAGGAUGUGUUCCUCUUGGUGACCUCAUGUAUCUAACUCAUUCAGGAAAACACUUUUUCUUUCUUUUUCUCUUUUUACUCUAACUCUCCUUUCCUUUGUACCUCUCCCCACUUUUUUUAUUUGACUAUAUCAUCUUUCCUGCCAUCUUUCUCUUAACUGACCAUAACAGAAUGAGUUAACUAUAUAUUAUGCUGCAAUUUUGUGGCAGCAACUUAUUUAUUUUUAAUUUUUGAACUGUUAUAUAUUCUAAUAAAAUAACUGAUUUUUAUUGUAUUGUA